AUGGCCGAGCACAUGUCUAAGAUGGCCAUGGUGCCCUCGGCCUCCCCCCUGGACUCCCCCCGCAGCAGCCACACCGACGACAGCCCACGAGGUAAGAGUCCUGCUCCAGGUAAAAUCCUGACCUCCGGCCUGCUGUGCAAAGUGUGUGCGGACACCAGCAGUGGCAAACACUACGGCAUCUACGCCUGUAACGGCUGCAGUGGCUUCUUCAAGCGCAGCGUCAGGAGGAAGCUCAUCUACAGGUGCCAGGCGGGCACGGGCAUGUGCCCCGUGGACAAGGCCCACCGCAACCAGUGCCAGGCCUGCCGCCUGAAGAAGUGCCUGCAGGCCGGCAUGAACAAGGAUGCUGUGCAGAACGAGCGCCAGCCGCGCAGCACGGCGCAGGUACGCCUGGACUCCCUGGACAUGGACACAGGGAAGGAGCACCUGGCGACCACGCGCGAGCCCAGCUCCACCUGCUCCGUCAUCAGCAGCGCCCACCUGCCCUCCUCCGCCAUCAGCACCACCAGCGGUGGACCCAACCAUACUCACAGCAGCAACCACGGCCAUACUCACAACCACAACCACAGCCUCAGCCUCAGCCACAGCCACAGCCAGCGGCCCUGCUCCAGCCCCCCCAACUCACAUCGCUUCAUGGCCAGCCUCAUGACCGCCGAGACCUGCGCCAAGCUGGAGCCUGAGGACGUGGAUGAAAACAUUGACGUAACGAGCAACGAGCCAGAGAGGAACUCGCCGGACUACGGCACCUCCCUGUACCCCUCCAGCAGCCCCGAGAGCAUCUACGAGACCUCCGCACGCCUACUCUUCAUGUCUGUCAAGUGGGCCAAGAACCUGCCUGUCUUCUCACACCUGCCCUUCAGGGACCAGGUGAUCCUGCUGGAGGAGGCGUGGAGUGAGCUCUUCCUGCUGUGUGCCAUCCAGUGGUCUCUGCCGCUGGACGCGUGCCCGCUGCUCUCACUGCCCGAGCUGUCUCCCGGAGGCGGGCACGGGCAGGGGGGCAAGGCCAGCCCCAGCACCAACUCAGACCUGCGCGUGCUGCAGGAGGUCUUCAACCGCUUCAAGAGCUUGCAGGUGGACCCCACAGAGUUCGCCUGCCUCAAGGCCAUCGUCCUCUUUAAGCCAGAGAGUCGAGGGCUGAAGGACCCCGAUCAGGUGGAAGGUCUUCAGGACCAGGCCCAGGUCAUGCUGGGGCAGCACAUCCACACCCUCUACGCCAGCCAGGCCGCCAGAUUUGGAAGGCUUCUCCUGCUUCUGCCUGCCCUGCACUUUGUGACCUCAGAACAGAUCGAGAUGCUCUUCUUCCAUCGCACCAUCGGGAACACGCCCAUGGAAAAACUCCUCUGCGACAUGUUCAAGAACUGAGGAGGAGAAGGAGAAGGAGAAGGAGGAGGAGGAGAAGGAGAAGGAGGAGGAGGACGACGACAACGACACAAAACCACAGAAAAAAUAGACAUGUGAUGCUCGUCUUUCUGAAUGCGUGACUGAUUGACUGAUUACACAAAAGCUGCUCUUUUAAUUUCUCUGUACAUAGUACAAUAUGUUUCUCUGUACAUAGUACAAUAAAGUACUAUAAAAUGUAUAUAAAACAUACAUCUCAAUGUAUGUGUGUGUAAAUACAGUGACAUGUGAAUGCUUGAUUUGUUAAUUUAGCGGAAUAUUUUUAUCCUUUACUGUCUAAAUAAAGUGAGGAACAGCAAUGUUGAACAAAGCAUUUUGCUUGCUAUAAAUGCGAACAUAGAGACUCGUUAUUGAACAGUAUCUGUGUAAUAAAUAUGUUUUUAUAGAAGAUAAUAUGCUACUUUUGAUGCAUUUACCUUUGAAUGGCCUGUUAUAUAAGAUGACUUUAAAAGAAAUCAAUAUUCUUAAAAACCUGUUACUUCUUGCUCUUGAAGACAAACAAAUCUGCAAAGCAGCAUGCU